AUGCCACUCCAGGUCCUCAUCCAUGCUGUGAGUAGAGCAAUAUUCAAUGUAUUUCUUCACCCCCUUCGGGCCUUUCCUGGACCAAUUCUGCAUGGCAUGUCCCGUGUACCCUACUGCUGGAAGCUGUUACGGGGUACCUUGCCAUAUGAUGUGCUCCGUCUCCACGAGAAGUAUGGCGAUGUGGUACGUAUCGGGCCAGACGAAUUAGCAUAUUCCAGCGCCACCGUAUGGAAAGAUAUCAUGGGUCAUCAUCCAGAUGUCGAAGAAUUUGCGAAAUUUGAAAAUUUCUAUCGGCCUGUGAAGACCUCGCCGAUAAAUAUCGUCAACGCUGAGCGCGAGGAACACAGUGUCUUGAGGCGCCAGCUUGCAUAUGGCUUUUCCGAGAAGUCCAUGCGAGAACAGGAACCCCUGAUUCGGGUCUAUAUUGAUCUGCUCAUCCGGCGGCUCCAUGAGAACUGUGCUGCAGGGGCAAAGGCAAUUGAUCUUACUGCGUGGUACAAUUGGACAACCUUUGAUAUCAUUGGAGAUCUCGCCUUCGGGGAACCCUUUGGGUGUCUUCAGAAUUCAGAAUAUCACCCCUACGUCCACCUGAUCUUUGCAUCUGCUCGCGGGGGAGCUAUAUGGCAAACCAUUAGGUUUUACCCACUAAUCAGCAAGCUGUUCUGGGCGGUGGUUCCGAAAUCUGCACUAUCGCGAUUUGCGCGACAAACUAAGAUGUCAAUGGCAAAGCUACAGAGAAGGAUGGAGCCUGGCAAUGAGAGAUCUGAUCUGAUCGAGGGACUGCUCCGAAAGAAGGAUGAGUUGAACCUCAGUCUCGAGAAUCUCCAGUCGAAUGGCAACAUUUUGAUCAUCGGGGGCUCUGAGACCACUGCCACCCUUCUCGCGGGAGUGACCUACCUUCUACUGUCAAAUCCCGCAGCUCUUGAGAGACUCACUGCGGAGGUUCGGUCCACAUUUGAGAGUGAACAAGAAAUCACCAUGACCUCGGUCAAUCAUUUGGCCUACAUGCUGGCCUGUUUGAAUGAAGCUUUACGAGUCUAUCCACCAGUGCCGGCCGGUUUACCUCGUGUUACUCCUGCAGGAGGACGUACUAUUCUCGGCCGGUUUGUGCCUCAAGGUACAAUCGUUGCACUGCAUCAUUGGGCAUUGUAUCAUAAUGAAAAGCAUUUUACCGACCCGAACUCCUAUCGUCCAGAACGCUUCUUAGGAGACCCUCAAUAUAAGAAUGACGAUUUUGAUAUCCUUCAACCAUUCAAUGUCGGGCCACGAAAUUGCCUGGGCAGAAAUCUGGCAUAUGCCGAAAUGCGAAUGAUUCUGGCGCGAGUGAUAUUCAAUUUCGAUAUGAAGAUCGCGGAGGAUAGCAAGGGAUGGAUGGAGAGACAACAUAUUUAUCUGUUCUGGCAGAAAGGUCCACUCCAUGUGCAUCUUACGCCAGUCAAUGCGGACAGGUCCGUGGUAUAUUAA